CUAAAUUCUCUCUCACAUUACUCUUUGAAAUGUGUUAUCUCAUGGCAAUAAAAAAAAAAUGGAACUCACAUUGUUCAAAUGGUUGUUUCAGUGGCAAGAAAAUGGAAGGACAUAAUGGUUUGAAUACUUUAGAGUGCCUCAGAGGGAGAUUACUAGCUGAGAGACAUGCUUCAAGGGUAGCAAAAGAAGAAGCAGAAUCAUUGGGCAACAAGUUUGUUGAGCUGGAAAAGAAGCUUAAAGAAGAGAUAAAACUAAGAGACAAAGCAGAAAGAAAGCUUAAACUUUUAAAGAAGAAGCUUGAAUGUUUCAACAAUGUGACCACCCCAUCAUGGCAAAAAUACCAUUCGUCUGAGAAAUGCGAAGAUUCUUGUGGAUCAUCCUUGUCUAGUGCUGUUUCUAGAGAUUCAGAAGCAAAUGAAACGAAGCUAGUUCAUACAGUAAAUCCAGCUUUGUUAGAAAAUGAAGUCCACAACCACAAUGUAGCAGAAGAAUGUGUACUUGUUCAGACCCAAAAUAGUCCAUUCACUACCAAAGAUUGUAAUUCAGACCCAAGUAACUUUCUCCCGCAAAUUCUGGGCAAUAAUCCAAAUCAGAGCUCAGAUAAUUUGAAGAAUGAUGGAAACAGGCUUUCACUUUCAAGCUCAAAAUCAUUGGCAGAAGGUUAUAAUUCUCAGGGUACCGAUGAUUGUAGCUCAAAUCCAAGCCCAACUGAAGCUUUCCCUGAAAAUAUUUGCCAUAACUCAAAUCCAAUUCCAAGUUAAUAAUAGCUAGCAGGUAUUACAUCCGAACAUGCAUUGCGGAGACAUUAUACUGAGUAGUUUUUAUCCUUCAAUUUAAUUUCUUUGUGAUGGCUACCAAUUUUGAACUUGGGAUCUGUUUCAGGCUUUAAACUCAAAAUCAUCAUAACUUACUGUCCCUAGUUGCUGUGACUUUUCCAGUAACAUAACUGGCCACUCGUAAUAAAAACCAUUUAAUGGAAGAGUACUUGAAGCUCUAGAAUUAAGUUGGGAACAAAGUCAAAUCAUUUAAGUUGCCCAAAUUAACCUUGCAUAUUGAGAUAGUAAUAAUGCAAAAUUGUUUCUAUAUUAAUGAAUGUUUGGAGGAAAGAUAAAAAAUAUAGAAUGCAAAUUAAUUAGAUGGGAACAUCAUGGACCGUGUGGCCCUUGCUUAUAACUAACAGAAAGCUCUUGUGAGUUAUGGUUUUGUUUAUCACAGAAAGCAUGUGAAGUGGGGAUUUGGUGUUAGUUCUAGGAUUUUGACUUUGGGGUACAACUCUUUGGGCCAUGCUGUUUUCUUUUGCCUUUCUUUCUACAGUGUGUGCACUUCUGGAAAAUUUCGAUUCAUUGAAUGCAGUCAUCACUUGAUUCCUGUGAGGUAGUAACUUCCAUUUACAAUAUUAUCAUAGUUGGACUUGCUGGUUUGUAAACUGAAAAAUCAUAACAAGGGAAUUUUAUGAUUUGCUGCUUUAGCAUACAUUACUGGUCACUUGGCAACUAUCACAAACAUUCACACUGGCUGGACAAACGUACGUGCCCACAUCAUGGAUGAUUUAAGGGUGUAAAGUCAACCAACUUUGUGUUCAAGUUUACUUAAAUGAAUUAAAUUUAAAA